GAUCGCGUCACGAGUCCUCAGUACAGAAUCAACUUCGCGAGGAAGAUUGUGCGCGCCGUGAGCGAAAAACAGCAGCACAAGGAAACUGCCGUAGACGUUUCUGUCGCUCGAUUUUUAAACGGCGAAAGAUGUCCACGAGAUUACAACUGUUUCUCAAAUUCAUCUCCGAUGUUUCACGUAAACCUUUCAGUUCAUAUAGAGACAAGAGACCUGUUCCAGGCGGAGAAGAAAGGCGCGUCACCGUCGGAAUAUGGAUUGGUUUUCGGUAUCUUUGAACUGGUGGUCUUCAUCAUCAGCCCGCUUUACGGACAACACCUCAAUCAAAUCGGCCCGAAGAUAUUGUUUAACGGCGGUAUCUUAACCACGGCAACAUGCGCUAUACUUUUUGGGUUAUUGGACAAAGUCAAUGGUCAUUAUCCCUUCAUAAUCCUGUCUUUCGUGAUCAGGAUCGUAGAGGCGAUGGGAAACGGCGCGUUCUUGACGGCCAGUUUCGCCAUUAUCGCAAAGGAGUUCCCCAACAAUGUCGCUACGACAUUCGCCAGUUUGGAAACCUUCUUUGGCUUGGGACUUAUCGUAGGUCCUACCGUGGGUGGCGCACUCUAUCAGGUUGGUGGAUACACGACUCCGUUCGUAGUGCUCGGAUCGGCGUUGUUCCUGGCAGCUGUUAUGACUGCGUUCGUCCUACCAGUUCACAACGACCGCGUACAAGAUGCCCACAACAACGGAGGGGUAGGAAAACUCCUCAAAAUCCCCGGCGUAUUGAUCGCGUCCAUGUCGAUAAUCGCGACGAGCGUGAGCAUCGGAUUUCUACAAGCGACUUUGGAGCCGCACUUGAGGCAAUUUAACCUGAGCCCUGUCGUGUUGGGGUUGAUGUUCGUCAUUAACGGCGGCACGUACGCGUUGGCUGCGCCAGUGUGGGGUUGGCUUUGCGACAAGCACUCGCACCCCAAAGUUGCAACUGUCGCUGGGUGCAUCCUGGUAAUGAUCGGUUUCUCUUUAAUUGGCCCCGCACCCUUUAUCCCGUUACCCACCAUAAUCUGGAUAACCAUUUGCGGGCUUGUGAUACACGGCUUAGGUAUGGCAGCACAACUGGUUGCCAGCUUCACCGAUGCCUUGAGGACAUCAGUAUCGUACGGAUUCCCGAACAGUAUUGAGACUUAUGGUCUCGUGAGCGGAUUGUGGACGAGUACUUUCGCCUUAGGAGCCUUCAUCGGCCCUAGCGUGGCGGGAAUUCUAUUGGAUAACAUCGGAUUCAGAAAUGGUUCUAUGUUCAUCAUAUUGCUUCAUAUGCUAGUGGCCGUGAUAGCUGGGCUGUACUUGAGCUGCUCUCGCAAACCCAAGCCGUAUACCGAGGUCGGCGCUGACGAGGACCCCAGGACACCACUGACGGACAGCAGCCGUUCGAGAAGCAGCAGUUCACGUCACGGCACACGAGGCCAAAGUAUGCCGAUCGACAGACCUGGCGGCAUGAAUUCCCUGUUCGCGUGCAACAGCUAUUCGAACAGGGCCGGAGCUUGGUCCAGGGCGUCGUACAGCGGUCGUUACUCACACAGCUACGGCUCCAUAGAGGCCAAGGGAUACUUGGAGAUGACCACGUGAUGGCAUCGCGCCGCACCAGGCCUUCAUACCCGACAUAACAAUGCAAACCCGACGAUAAGAACACGGAGCUCGUACGAACGAAUCACCGCACGCAGGACUUCGAUCUUCCGUUCUCACCGAUCCCUCGCCGAUGAUGACCAGUCGAAACGGUUUCAAUUCUCGCGAUUCGCGCGGAAGAGAGAGAGACCUACUGUUUCUCAUAUUAACGAUCAUUCGCUAAAAAUUACAUCCAACUACAACGGACAUUUCAUCCAAACGAGCCGAACAAUCGACAAGUCGUCUCUAGGGUUAAUAGUUAGAAUUGACAUUGAUGUGUGUGUGUGUGUGUAUGUGUACAUACAUAUAGUGCGUAACUGCUCCCAUACUUAAAGUAUACAAUUUUUUUUUCGCGAAUAGGGUAGAGUCGAUUCAGAAGUAUAACAUAAUUAAUUAUAACGGUACAGUUGUCACUUCCCUCCACUUUUACGUUGUCGGUCAAUCAACUCCGCGAGUUGUUUUUAACCCGGCGAUUUUUAAAUAGAUAAGUGCCAAACCGCGAUUUGAACUUCACUUUAGCUUGGUGUAUGUUUUAUGUAUGUAAAAGUCGUAUUAAUAAUCGUUACUUGAAAUUUAUCUUACUUGAGGCGAGUUUCAAAUAAUAACUAUUAACAUGAGUCUAAAAUCCGUUAAAUAGCCGUCAAUAGCCGUUGUUACUUGAAAUUUGGCUCAAGUGAGAUGUUCAGAUCUGAAUUUAGAGCUAGGUGUGAAUUUUUCAGUAAUUAAUUAUAAUAUCACGAAUAUCAUAUGAUUCCAAUAAAAAACUGCGGUGUAACUUGAAAUUGAGAUGUGAGUGUCUCACAUAAAACAAAUUUUAAGUGAGGAUUGAUAUUAUGAGCCUUAUAGGCAAGUGUGAACUUUCUAGUUUAACCGCGAGUAUAAAUAUAAUAUCAGGAAUAUCGUAUAAUUCAAAUAAAAUAUAUUGAUAUAACUUCUGAUUGGAUGGAAAUUCUGAAUAUCUCACGUGAGAUAAAUUUCAAGUAAGAACUAUUAAUACGGAUCUUAGAUAAGUUAUUAGAACAAAGUUUAUAAAUAGAUCUUUCGAGUAAUAAUCAUACAACAGAUACACGCGGAAAAAGAAGUUUGGUUGGAUUAAUAAGUUCUUUAGUUGGCAAAAUUUCUGUUUAAUUUGAACAGAAUUCUAGUAACUUCAACCGGAGUUUUGUGCUCCGCUCAUAUUUAACCAGAAAUCUGGUUAAUCCAACCAAACGUUUCCGUGUAUAAAUCACACUCAUGUAUUCUCGAGAACAUAAUCACGUAUUAGAGAGACCAAGACAAUCACGAUUGUUUGGUAUGCUCGCUGUCAACGAGUCGAAAUAUAAAACUUGGAAAAUUGCACGUGCGCGAGCCAUCGUGUACUCAAGGGUCAGAAUAACCGAUAUCCCGACGAAGAGCAACAGGAAGAGGCUAACGAGAUGCAUACCGCGGCGAUGCAUCAAACGCUAGAAGCAGUAUUCGCGAAGUGCAUUAUCGGCAAUCGACGAUUAUCGAGAUUUACUCAGCAGACUCGUCCUUGCACCGUUUAUUUUUUGCUCGAGUAUCCGACUCGCGAUUUCCAUCCCGCCGACUUCGCGAGUCCGCGACAGUAGUCGUGCCCUCGAGAGGAAGUAUAGGAUCGUAUCGCUUACGAAGGCCGCACGUUGCGCACGUCUGUAGCCGGUGACUGUAACGCUAUCGGGUUUAAUAUUGACACACUUUGUUAGUACUUUUACUCUUCGCUCAUACUUCACAAGUAAUACAGAUUGGCUGAACCGAUACGUCCGACGAUCGAGGAAUAACAUUGACUUAGCAUUCGCGUCUCGAUGAUCGUCUCUCGAUGAUCGUCUCUCGCGCGGUAAUCGAUGAGGAUUAUUGAUUCUUUAGUAGUGCAGAGAAUAGUGUAACCAUUUAGCCGUGAUGUCGGAUAUUUAGUAAGGCGCGAUCAAUUUCGAAUACUUUGUCGCGGAUUAAAGUGGAAAAAUCGAGAAAGUCCGGAAAACGCGGCCGGUCGACACUUAAUUAAUGGAUAUCCGCAUUUGCGCAAUGGCAUAAUUGCGUAAUUCUAGAUUCGAGCGCCGACGGAAAAAAAAAAGCCGACGGACAUUGUGGGUGCUAAUGAUACACGCUAUGAAGCCAUAUCACGGCGCGUGCAAAUGACUCUCGCGAGCUCGAUGAUUGUUGCCAAUCAUUUCCACCACUGCUCAUGGCAGGGGAAACCGAGGAAAUGUAUCAACUGACCUGAAUGAAACUGUACAUACGCUUUUAAUCAUUGUUACUGCUAUUUUAUCGUUCGCUAAUUACUCGCGCGUUAUGUUUGUUUUCGCACAAUAUUGAAUAGCAAUAAAAAUUCUUAUUUAAAGCA